CCGCCGGGACGCAACAGUCUCCCGUUGGAUUUGAGAGAAUUUACGUCCAAUACCUAUGAUUGAUGUUUUUGAACUGACAACACCUGGCUGUAUUAAACAAAAACUUCCACGACUGAUUACUAACUAACAAGUAUCAAUAUGUGCUGUGUUUAUUGACAAAAUAAUUGUUUUUCAACGAUGGAAGAGUUUUUUCGCUCGUAAAACGGGCCCGGCGAUCCAGAAUGUCUGUAGAAGAAAAUUACGAGGAUAAUUUAGGUCAAUAAGAAAGAAAAAUAAAUUUUUUAAAAAGACAGCCAAGAUGUCGAUGGCUUCUAUAGAAACGAUGGACUCCAUCAAGGAGUUACCACCACGUAAAUUUGUAAAUCCAAAUUUAAUAUCCCUCAAGUGCCUUCUAUUUAUUUUUUUUGGUGGUAUGGGCUGUCUCUUCCCAUUUCUUCCACUCCACAUGAUUGCAGUGGGACUGACAAUGGAAGAAACGCGACUGGUGUCAAUAAUAUCGCCUGUGAUAGCGAUAUUAGGACCAAUUAUAGCAGCACCGGUAGCGGACAAGAUAGCAGCUCGUCAAGGCUCUAAGCCGUCAAACGGGCGCUACUUGAGAAUAAUGAUAGCUCUGGUAUGUUUUCUGUCGGCUGUGGUCUACUCACUGUUGCUGUUGGUGCCCGUCGUCGAGAGAAUAGAGCUUCCGCGAGAGCACAGACCCACACUUAGAUUCUCCUGCAACCGCGAAGGCGCGACAGUAUUUCAGGAACGCAUAAAUGAAUUUUCCACGUGCUACAACUGGACCAGCGAGAGCCGAGUCUGCGCGAUUCUCCUGAAAAAUUGCAACUACGCUUGUCAUCCGAUAGUUCCCAGGCCGAACCAUAAAUUCCUAAAUAACCCGAUGCCAGCUAUCGAUGUUCCUCCAAACACCGACAUCGGAGUCCUGGGUGUCGAUGAAGGAAGCGGCGAUAUCGUUGGAGGAAACGGCCACGGCAAUUCCCAGUACGCUGAUUUGAGCAAUGAAGACAUCGAAUGGAGAACUAAAGUCCCGAUAAAACACAAACGACGUCGCUAUAUCCAGGCUAAAAGCGAACCACCUCAUCUGUGUUUUCAUGAGGGUGAUAGUAAGGUUUGUCAUGUUUACACUAGUGAUACAGGAAGCUUGCCAGUUAAUGCGAGCUUCAGACAGGCCAGUAAUACACGUAAUAAACACGAAUGGUGCGCUUAUCCAAUCACUGAAGAUUUUACCUGUAGGAUACCACGCAAAUUGGAAGCUGAUAUGGCUAAAUUUAAUCAGACUUGCUCUGUUGAAUGCGAUAUACUUGACCCGUUUGUGCUACCAGGUAGCAUUCACACGGAAAAUCAAUGCAGACAAGUAGCCGGUGACCCAGAUAUGACAUUUUGGAUGUACCUGACAAUCCGUUCGAUCGCGGAUAUCUUUCCAACAGCAGCAGUAACAUUGGUAGACGCAGCGAUAGUGAUAGCAACAAGAGAAACUUCCUGCGGCCGAGGUGACGUGGGUAGACAGUUAGCCUUCGGGUCACUAGGUUUCGCACUAUUUGGACCUUUAGCCGGGUACCUCAACCUCCUGAUAGCUCCGAAACCAGCAUAUCUUUUGCCGAUAAUUCUACACGUCGCGAUGAUGAUUCUCGCUGCAAUAGUAGCGCUGUCUUCUAAUGGAAUGCCUCUGAGUCCACCAGAAUGGUGGUGGCAUACAAGGUCAGGAAUGCUGGCUGUACCAAUGAGCGCGGUAAAAAGAUACGGCAGCGAGACAGCAGCUCUGGUGGUGGUACUAAUUGUCCUGGGUACUCUUUGGAGCGUGAUGGACAGUUACCUCUCGCUUUAUCUCACAGAACUGACUGGCGAUUCGCUGGCGAUAGGUGUAAUCUUGACAGUCGGUGCCUUGCCGGCACUUUUGUUCCUCUGGAAGUCUGAACACCUUGUCGACUACUGCGGCCACAGCAAUCUACUUAUAAUGGCGUUCACCAUGUACAUCGUCAGGUUCGCUGGAUUGAGCGUGGUAACUGACCCAUGGUGGGCGCUGGUCUCCGAGGCGUUGGAGCUUUUCACUCUCGGUAUCAUGUGGGUGACUGCUAUUCUCUAUAUGCGACACCUUAUCCCAAGAAACCUUACGGUCACUGCUCAAGCGCUGCCAGUGAUUGCCCACUUCUGCAUCGGGCGCUGUCUUGGAGCUGUUAUCGGCGCGUAUGUCCACUUCGGCGACACGGAAGUUUUAUCUCUAAAAUAUGUUUACCAAUGUAUGGCCGUGUCUGCUGCUGUGAUUGCUGUUUUUUACUUCGUUCUGUACCACGGGAUCCUUAAGCCCAAAUGUCAUGCUCAGACGAUACAAAAUGCGCGUACUGCUCCUUCUAUUGUACAAGCUGCUUUACAACAACACGAACAAGCGAUUAGUAUGAAUGGAAAUGGAAGUUAUACACCGCUGAGAGUCUACCACAACGGCCUGGGCAGGAAAGGACAAUUUAGAUACUAAGUGUCAAUUAAUAAAAAAAUAACUAAGAGAUUCUUCGAGUCGCGCGUUAAACUUCUUUACUUGCAAUUUAUUCAAACUUACUUUAAUAAAUGAUCUUUGUAAGUUCAGUAUGAUUUAACAAGACGAUUUAAUUUAAGCUCGAAAGAAUCUCACGGUUCAUCCGCGGUCGUCAGUUGCUAUCGUGGACAGAGCAAAAGAUAAAAAAAUGUUCAAAUUAUUUUAGUGGAAUAUCCACUUGUAAUUUUUCUAAUAUAUUUUUUUAUACUAUA